CGUCAGUGGGUGCACUGUCAAGAGAGAGGAAAUAUAAACAAAAAGACAAAAAUGAGGCAAAGCAUACAAAGUCGACUGUCUACUUACCUUCACUCUCGUUCGAGGCCGAGAAUGACACGAUAGGUGCAAGAAAAGAGGAGCAAAACAACGAUAUUAAUAUCGCUUAGUAGGAACAGGAAGAAGAAGAUACGCACGUGCCGUUAUUUGUGUUGACUAAAUUAUUUCCAAGAAAAAGCAUCCUCAUGUCGUUUCCGAUGACGGGACAAGCGGCCGCUGGAUAUAAUCAAGCGAUGAUGACUUCUGAUCGACGGAUCAAAGGUCAUCAAGCCGCAACAACUUUGAGGCCCAUUCGAAUUGCAUGGUGUUGUCUUGCGACGCUAGCAGCAGUGGCAGAAACAAGUGCGACAUCAAACUCUGGUGUCUACCUGCGCUCGGAGGGGAGCGCAAACAGGAAAAUGAAAGACGCGAAAGUAGAUGAACAAGUACUAGACGACCAAAAUUCACAAGAAGAGGAAGAAGACGAAAAUGAGCAGCUUGACCUCGUUGAAACGAGUGAGUCUGAGGUACCGGUUGACGGUGAGGAGGAAGACGCACCUACUCGGAGCGAAAUGUCUGAUAAAGAAGCACUUGACGCGUAUGGGGAAGUUUCCAGUAGCAGCAGCGCAGAAGCAGGCGUUGGGGUUGCUGGUGGGACUAGUCGUGCUACAAGGCGAAGUGCAUCCUCUAAAAGUAAAGCGAGCGCCGAGCGCAAGCCGUCCCCGACAAAGGUCGAAAUCGAAAGUGAUCAAACACAAACUACAGCUUCUCCUCCUUCCCCCAGAAGGUCACAACUAAAAAGACCACUAGCACACGACGAGAUGAAUGUUGACAAAAUCAUAUUGACGCCCCCAGCGACCAAGGCAAAAGUAGAGCAGGAACAUCACUCGCAGUCCCCGCUACCAAAAGAACAGGCAGUAAAACUUCACCAAGAGAACAGUAAUGCUUACAGUAGCCAUCAUCUUGACAAGGGUGAGGUGGAGAGUUCCAAACUUGUGACGAAGCAGGCACACAUGAACGUGACUUCUGACGUUAGCGCAUCAGCUUCUGAUUAAGGCCUAAGAUUUUUUGAUUUUCUCAUUCUUGAUGUUGAUCUUGUUUUCAAGAAGGCUACGACAAUCUAGAGACUUAGCGACCUGGUAAACUCUACAAGCAAGCUUCCUUGAUUUCUCUUUUCAGUUUCCAAUCCGCAACGCUAAUCCUCCAGUGAAGAUGCAGCAGCCACAACUAGAAAGGAAAAAGCAGCGAACCCGAUCAAUACGGUGUUGCUUCUAGUCAUCGUGUGGUCGUCACUGAUCAUACUAGUGGAGUUCGUCUUCCUGUACCAAUUACGUGCUGGAGCCCCUCCGAUGAUGAAGGACGAACAUGCAGAAGGAGAAGCAGCUGAAAUGGAUGGUAUUUCGUUUGAACUAAGUUCAAAGAACUUCUGUCAUAAUUAUGAGAGAGCAAGGUAGCACAUGGAUCACACGAAGAUUUUCAUUUCUAAGAAUAUGCGCUCCUCGUCAAUUUUUACCAUUCUGACUUCACAGAUGUUUAUGAGGAGGACGAGGAGGAGCCUGAACGUGCCCAUGGCGAUGAUACCUGAGGGGAUGCACGAUGAAUGGUCUUUUGAUGCCGAUACACCGUAGACCCUGGCCCUAGACCACAGGCGCGAUGUCAGGACUUGCGAGGCUUCUUGUUGGGACCGUAAAUAGCGCGCACAGAGGGCUGUAUCGACCUCCUCGCGAGAUCAAGACAAUCCAUUACAACAUCCACUUACUCAUUGUCAUUUGAGCAUAGUAGGGUGGGCAAGUCUGAAAACCAUUGACAUGAUGAUAAAAUUUGCAGGAUUACUCAUCAUCAACGCAGAAGAUAGUGAGACCGUGCCGAGCACCAGCCUUUUUCCAACAACACAGCGAAAGCAGAAAGGCCACUGCUGAAUGUCACGAGUAUCAAUC